GGACGAGGGCGGAGUCAAACUGACAGAAGUGUCUCAGCAGUUGAAACGUGACGUUAACCGAGUUUAUUACCUGCUGAAAACAAGGAAGCGACAUCUGGAGAAACCCAGGAUUACAAAACCAAGCAUUUAUUUAGCUAGGUAACCGACAUUUCUUCAUUCUCGCCCCCUCUCACUGUUGUAAACUGAGCGGGUCAAGAUGUCUUCGAUGGACUUGGAGAAGCUGAAGAUGACGGGAGCUGGUCGGGCCAUGGCAGUGUUGACCAGCGGUGGAGAUGCACAAGGGAUGAACGCUGCUGUCCGAGCUGUGACCAGAAUGGGCAUCUAUGUGGGGGCCAAGGUCUAUCUUAUAUAUGAGGGGUACCAGGGCCUGGUGGAGGGGGGAGACAAUAUCAAACUGGCACACUGGCACAGUGUGACCAACAUCAUCCAACAGGGUGGGACUGUGAUUGGUAGCGCCCGAUGCAAGGCCUUCAUGACCCGUGAGGGCAGGCUUGCCGCUGCCUUCAACCUGGUGAAGAAAGGCAUCACCAACCUGUGUGUGUGCGGUGGAGACGGCAGCCUCACCGGAGCCAACCUCUUCCGCAGUGAGUGGAGCAGCCUGCUGGAGGAGCUCGUACAGAAAGGACGGAUCACAGACAGUCUGGCCAAGCAGCACGACCACCUGAACAUCGUGGGGCUCGUGGGCUCCAUCGACAACGACUUCUGCGGCACUGACAUGACCAUCGGAGCCGACUCCGCGCUGCACCGCAUCAUGGAGAUAAUUGAUGCUAUCAUGACCACUGCGCAAAGCCACCAGCGCACUUUUGUUCUGGAAGUCAUGGGCCGACACUGUGGGUAUCUGGCCUUGGUGUCAGCGCUGGCAUCUGGGGCAGACUGGCUCUUCAUUCCAGAGGCUCCUCCUCAGGAGGGAUGGGAGGACCGGAUGUGUGCCCGUCUUGAAACGAGCCGCAUAAAGGGGUCAAGACUCAACAUUAUUAUCGUGGCAGAAGGAGCCAUCGACAUAAACGGCAAGCCCAUCUCUUCAGCCUACAUAAAAGAUCUGGUGGUCAAGAGGCUUGGUUAUGACACCAGAGUGACAGUACUCGGCCAUGUUCAGCGAGGAGGAACUCCCUCUGCGUUUGACAGAAUACUGAGCAGUAAGUUGGGUGUGGAGGCGGUGAUAGCCCUGAUGGAGGCCUCUCCUGACACUCCAGCCUGUGCCAUCGGCCUGUCAGGCAAUAAGGCUGUUCGUUUGCCUCUAAUGGAGUGUGUGGAGAUGACUAAGUUGGUGCAGACGGCCAUGAAUGAGAAGAGGUUUGAUGAGGCUAUCAAACUGCGUGGAGGGAGUUUUGAGAACAACUGGAACAUCUACAAGCUUCUUGCCUUUCAGAAGCCGGCCAAGACUAAGAGCAAUUUCUCUGUGGCUAUCCUGAACGUUGGAGCUCCGGCUGCAGGGAUGAACGCAGCAGUGAGGUCUGCUGUGAGGCUGGCGCUCGCCCACGGACACAAGGUCUACGCCGUCAACGAUGGCUUUCAAGGACUGGCCAGAGGAGCGGUUUCUGAGAUGGAGUGGCACAGCGUGGCAGGGUGGACGGGCCAAGGGGGCUCCCUGCUGGGGACAAAACGAACUCUUCCAAGCAAACACAUGGAGAAAAUUGUGGAAAACAUCGGCAAGUUCAACAUCUCAGCUCUGCUUGUAGUCGGAGGGUUUGAGGCGUACCGAGGUGUACUGGAGCUGUUUGAAGCCCGGAGCUGCUAUGAUGAGCUCUGCAUCCCCAUGUGUGUAAUCCCUGCUACCAUCAGCAACAACGUCCCUGGAACUGACUUCAGCCUGGGAGCAGACACGGCUGUCAAUGCUGCCAUGGAGGGUUGCGACAAGAUCAAGCAGUCUGCCACUGGGACGAAGAGACGAAUAUUCGUGGUGGAGACGAUGGGUGGAUUCUGUGGCUAUCUGGCAACCUGCACUGGUAUAGCUGUGGGUGCUGAUGCAGCCUACAUCUUUGAAGACCCCUUCAACAUCCACGACCUGAAGACCAAUGUGGAGCACUUGACUGAAAAGAUGAAGAAGGACAUCCAGCGGGGUCUUGUGUUGAGGAAUGAAAAAUGCCAUGAAAGCUACACUACAGAUUUCAUUCAUAGGCUGUAUUCAGCGGAGGGGAAGGGAAUCUUUGACUGCAGAGUCAAUGUGUUGGGACACCUUCAGCAGGGAGGUGCACCCUCUCCCUUCGAUAGGAAUUUUGGCACCAAGUUGGGUGUUCGGGCGAUCCAGUGGAUUUCAGAGAGAUUGACUGAAAACUUCAGACAAGACCGCGUGUUCGCCAACUCUCCAGAUACAGCAUGUGUGAUUGGCCUCAACAGGAAGGUCAUCUCAUUCAGCCCUGUCACUGAACUGAAGGCUGUGACUGAUUUUGAGCACCGGAUGCCCAAAGACCAGUGGUGGUUAAAUUUUCGGCCGCUGCUUAGAAUGUUGGCCAAGUACCAAACCAGCUUCUGUGAAUAUGUGCCAGGAGAGAUUCAACAUGUGACUCAGCGCUCCAUCAGUAUCGACUCUGGGUUUUAGGCUCCCUACAACAGCACAUUCUCUGCACUUUGUAACCCUUAUCUGUCCAUCCUUCCUACAUCAAGAACGGGUUUCAGUCUGCAUUCAUAUGUGUUUACAGGACUGAAGACUUUUUUGAAAGCGGAAUUGUAGUAUUUUUAAAACUAAGCCCUAUUUUUAUGUAUUUUAGUGUCUAAAUGACAGGUAGGUACAAAACGUUUUUGGAACCUUCAGCCAAAGCCCAGGCUGCGAUGUAAGCCUCCUGCUUUUUUGAAAAUAUCGUUACUCUAAGUGUCUGACCACAUUAUGAAAAGCAUCCCUAUAGAGGUAGACCACUUUGUUCAAGAAUAGGAUUAUUCUUAACCAACUACAGCUGCUAUGUUGAUCUCCCCAGAUCAACCCAAGUCCAUUUACAGAAACAGUCAUUUUAUCAGCAUAACACACCCAUGAUUUAAACUUGACACAAACUAAAUGAAACUGUUUUUGGGGAUAUACAGGACCAAUUCCAAAACUUUUUGUAAACAGUCAUUUACGCACCAAAAUAUGUAAUCAUAGUGUUCAUAUGUUAUCAGUGUCAUAGUAACUACAGUAAAUAAUGUAAAAAUAUACUUUGACUAUUCAAUUAUUGAAUUAGGAAAUCAAUGCAGAUCAGGUUUUGCUUUUCCUUGUGUCAAGUGAACCGUAUGUAGGGAAUUCACUGCCAUGAAAAGGUAACUAUGUGUGUCUUAAUGCUAGAAUUUUGCAAAUAAACUACUGAACAUAUUAGAUAAAGCAGAUUGUAUAUACUAUGAUUUAAAUGGUUUGCUUCCUCAAUCACAUACAAGAAAAAUACUGGUGUCUCUAAAACAAACACUGAGCCAGAAAUAAUCUGAUCAUGUACCUUAGUUAAAAGAAGCGUGUUUAUCCAUAUUGUGACCAGUGUUGCCAGAUUGGAAUACUUAAAGUAUAGUAUUUUGGGGGAAAUUAUCUUACGCGAGUCGUGACCAUAAAAAUUUACAUUGAGUGCUCAAGUGUUUGGUUUGAGAUAAAGUUCUGAUGCUGUCGGAAUGUGACUGUGUGAUUCAUGGGACCAGUGAGAUGUUAAUUUCCUUUUAUUUAUGCUUUGUAGGACUGAAACACUGCUUCUGUCUUUAAUUGAUGCAAACUGGACGGCACAUCAAAAUAUUAUUAUACUGUGUAAUAAACACACUACUGCACUUACAAUAGAGAAAUCUGUAAAGAACUAUGAACGUAUGUUGUGUAUUAUUUUGAUACUAAUGCAGUAUCUGCAAUAAAAUGUUAUUCAACUGUG